CUGGUGUAGACCAGUCAACAAAGAGCCACGGUAUGGCUGAAUCGCCAAAACAUGGGGCGGUUUUUCUUGGGAUCGCCAAAAGCAAUUUGAAUCAAGAUGGUCGCUCAGACAUGUUGGAUUCUAGAACUGGAAUGUACAAAACUAGAGAAUACAAACCAAAAAAGUAUGUACCAACAAUACGAGAGUACAACCCAAAACCAAGAGAAUUCAAGAGGCGGGAGUAUGUGCCAAGAACGGAAAUAAAAUUUCACGAGUACGACAAGAUCCGGGAAUAUGAUCAUUUUUACGAUGUGGAACCACCAGAGGACGAAACGAACAGACGCCCCGGGAAGGAACCUCCAUUUUGUAAAUCAUACAGAGCGCUGGGUUCCAUUAAGAGGACGAUGUCCAUUAUAACACUUCAAUAGGAGCGCCCUCUGUCGUUGCCUUUUUCCUUCACAAAGCGCAAAUUAUGAAACCCCAAGAGGAGC